CUAAAAAGACAGCUUAAAAAGAAACACAAAGAAAAGCUAUAAAAAAUGGGAGAACUGCGAAAAGCGCUGCUGCCGCAGCAUCUCAUUCUGGCGCUCCUGCUCUGCUGCAGUUCAUUAAUCGAACUGAGCCAAGCGGAGCUGAAACCCAUCCUGGAGAUAUACCCCAAACAGGAAGUCCAACGCAAGCCCGUGGGCAAGUCCUUGAUCCUUACCUGCCGCCCCACAGUACCCGACACGGCUCUGGUCGCCGAUCUGCAAUGGAAGGAUAAUCUGAACAAUACCAUCCUGCCGAAACCGAAUUACGAUCCAAUGUUUGAUGCCAAUGGCAAUAGAAAGAAAGAGACGGGACGAAACCAGCCGCCAAUGUACACGGAAACGCUGCCCGGCGAGAGUUUGGCUUUGAUGAUUCCCUCGCUGUCGGUGGAGAUGGGCGGCAGAUACUAUUGCACCGCGUCCUAUGCCAACACCGAGAUCCUCGAAAAGGGAGUUACAAUUAAAACUUACGUGGCCAUUACCUGGACAAAUGCCCCCGAGAACCAAUAUCCUACCCUGGGUCAAGACUAUGUGGUUAUGUGUGAGGUCAAAGCCGAUCCUAAUCCCACAAUCGACUGGCUGCGCAAUGGAGAUCCGAUCCGCACUGGCGACAAAUAUGUUGUUCAGACCCAUGGCCUGCUCAUCCGUGAUGUUCAGGAGGACGAUGAGGGCAUCUACACCUGCCGGGCGGCUGUGAUUGAGACAGGUGAACUCCUGGAACGUACCAUUCGCGUGGAGGUCUUCAUUCAGCCGGUGAUUGUGUCGCUGCCCAGUGAGCUGGAGGCCACCGAGGGACAACCCUACGCUGCUAAUUGCACGGCAACUGGUAAACCAGUGCCAGAGAUAAGCUGGAUCCGUGAUGCCACCCAAUUGAACGUGGCCACUGCCGAUCGCUUCCAGGUUAAUCCCCAAACUGGUCUGGUCACCAUCAGUUCGGUAAUGCAGGAGGAUCAUGGCACCUACACGUGUUUGGCCAAGAACAAGGCCGGUGUGGUGGAUCAAAAGACCAAGCUGAAUGUCCUGGUGCGUCCGCAGAUUUAUGAGUUGUACAAUGUGACUGGAGCAAGGACCAAGGAGAUUGCCAUCACCUGUCGGGCCAAGGGUCGUCCAGCACCGGCCAUUACUUUCCGACGAUGGGGCACCCAGGAGGAGUACUCGAAUGGCAACCAGGUGGAUGAUAACAGGAUCACAUUGGAGCGUUAUUUCGAUGAGGAGCGCGGCGAGAGUACCGGCACCCUGCGCAUCAACAAUGCUCAGCGCAGUGACGAUGGACUGUACCAGUGCAUUGCCAGGAAUAAGGGAUCCGAUGCCUAUAAGACUGGACAUAUCACCGUUGAAUUUGCUCCAGACUUUAGCCACAUGAAGGAUCUGCCGCCGGUAUUCUCGUGGGAACAGCGCAAGGCGAACCUCAGCUGCCUGGCCAUGGGUAUUCCCAAUGCCACCAUCGAAUGGCAAUGGAAUGGUCGCAAGAUCAAGGAAUUGUAUGAUACCAACCUGAAGAUUGUCGGCACCGGACCCCGCAGUGAUCUCAUCGUUCAUCCCAUAACGAGGCAAUAUUACUCCGCUUACAAAUGCAUUGCCACCAAUAUCCACGGCACCGCUGAGCACGAUAUGCAGCUGAAGGAGGCCCGCGUUCCAGACUUUGUAUCCGAGGCCAAGCCUAGCCAGUUGACAGCCACCACAAUGACCUUCGAUAUCCGCGGCCCGCCCACCGAACUGGGCCUGCCCAUUCUGGCCUUUAGUGUACAGUACAAGGAGGCCAUCAAUCCGGACUGGUCGUCGGCAUAUAAUCGCAGCUGGUCACCGGACUCACCGUACAUUGUGGAGGGACUGCGGCCGCAGACAGAGUAUAGCUUCCGGUUUGCCGCUCGCAACCAGGUGGGACUUGGCAAUUGGGGUGUCAAUCAGCAACAGUCAACGCCACGCCGCUCGGCCCCGGAGGAGCCCAAGCCCCUGCAUCAUCCCGAACAGCAUGACCAAGAGGAGCCAGUUGUUGUCUCCCCGUACUCAGAUCACUUUGAGCUGCGCUGGGGUGUGCCCGCUGACAACGGGGAGCCGAUCGACAAGUAUCAAAUCAAGUACUGCCCGGGUCUAAAGAUGACCGGCACUUGGACGGAGCUGGAGAACUCUUGCAACACCGUUGAGGUCGUAGAGACCACAUCCUUUGAGAUGACACAACUGAAUGGGAAUACGUAUUAUCGCAUCGAGCUGAAGGCACAUAAUGCCAUCGGUUAUUCAUCACCAGCAUCCAUUAUCAUGAAGACGACACGAGGAAUCGAUGUCAUCCAGGUGGCAGAGCGACAGGUCUUCUCCUCGGCAGCCAUCGUUGGCAUCGCACUCGGCGGCGUCCUGCUGCUCCUCUUCGUGGUGGAUCUCCUUUGUUGCGUCACCGUUCACAUGGGCGUCAUGGCCACCAUGUGCCGCAAGGCCAAGAGAUCGCCAUCGGAAAUCGACGACGAGGCCAAGUUGGGCAGUGGCCAGCUGGUAAAGGAGCCGCCACCGUCGCCGUUGCCACUGCCGCCGCCGGUCAAGUUGGGCGGUUCGCCCAUGACAUCGCCAUUAGAUGAAAAGGAGCCGCUGCGCACACCCACCGGCAGCAUCAAGCAAAACUCAACCAUUGAGUUCGAUGGACGCUUUGUGCACUCGCGCAGUGGCGAGAUCAUUGGCAAGAAUUCAGCGGUGUAAAUCCAAGGAUUCGGAGUUGGAGCUGAAAUCCCAGGAUCCCAGGAUGGAUGUUAACGUGCACAAAGACGGACCGAAAAGUGAAUGCUGGAAUGAGAAAGAUACAAAGAUACAGAUACAGAUACGAUCAAAAGCCAAAGAACACUUGAAUAUCGCAUCGAUUGGCACUCUGAGUUGGUUUUUCAUUUACUUUCGUACACGGCAUAAAUCUAAACUAAAUGUCUCUACUAUAAAUGCAUACGAUAUCUAAAGCAUCUAACAUCAAACACACACGUAGCACACUAAGACCGAACAAACACAAGGAUGGCAGAUUAAGUAAUAACUCCAUGUCGCUUCGUUUAUCUAGUUUAAAAACGUUUGAGAGCCUAUUCUUUGCAUUUGCUUUGCCUUUCUUAUCAAAACCCUCACACACAUACACACACUCACACGGACACAAUAAAUUUACAAAAUAAAGAUUAAAUAUAUAGAGGAGUAGAAUGAGACGAGAACCUAGCCUAAGUAAUACAUAUAUAUAUAUAUAUGCAAAAAGGAAAUCUUAAAUUAAUGCCUUACAAAAGAAACAAACAAAUUAUUACAUUUAUUUAGCAGUUAAACGUGACAAAAAAAGAGGAGGAGGAACGGGUGGGAUUUAUGCAUGUAAGCCGCAAGGAAUGAUAAAGAUUUCUUUAGUAUAACUAACUUAAACAUGCCAUAAAUAAGUUUAAACAUUAAGUUUGCAUUGAUUGUCAUCAUCUCCCCCACCACCCACCAAUUCGUAGUAUGUACUUAAAAAAAACACGCUGAACAAAAGACUUGCGAGCAUUUCAUUCUCACUCUAUUGAAGAGAAAUGAAAAUAAAUAAUAUACAAACAAAACACAAAAAGGACUUGAA